ACAGCCACACACCCCAAGGCCUCCAAGAUGAGCUACACUCUGGACUCGCUGGGCAACCCGUCCGCCUACCGGCGGGUAACGGAGACCCGCUCCAGCUUCAGCCGGGUCAGUGGCUCCCCGUCCAGCGGCUUCCGCUCGCAGUCGUGGUCCCGCGGCUCGCCUAGCACCGUGUCGUCCUCCUACAAGCGCAGCGCGCUCGCCCCGCGCCUCGCCUACAGCUCGGCCAUGCUCAGCUCGGCCGAGAGCAGCCUGGACUUCAGCCAGUCCUCGUCCCUGCUCAACGGCGGCUCCGGCGGCGACUACAAGCUGUCCCGCUCCAACGAGAAGGAGCAGCUGCAGGGGCUGAACGACCGCUUCGCCGGCUACAUCGAGAAGGUGCACUAUUUGGAGCAGCAGAACAAGGAGAUCGAGGCGGAGAUCCAGGCGCUGCGGCAGAAGCAGGCCUCGCACGCGCAGCUGGGCGACGCGUACGACCAGGAGAUCCGCGAGCUCCGAGCCGCCCUGGAGAUGGUGAACCACGAGAAGGCGCAAGUGCAGCUGGACUCCGACCACCUGGAGGAGGACAUCCACCGGCUCAAGGAGCGCUUCGAGGAGGAGGCGCGGCUGCGCGACGACACCGAGGCGGCCAUCCGCGCGCUGCGCAAAGACAUCGAGGAGUCGUCGAUGGUCAAGGUGGAGCUGGACAAGAAGGUACAGUCGCUGCAGGAUGAGGUGGCCUUCCUGCGCAGCAAUCACGAAGAGGAGGUGGCGGACCUGCUGGCGCAGAUCCAGGCGUCGCACAUCACCGUGGAGCGCAAAGACUACCUGAAGACCGACAUCUCCACCGCGCUGAAAGAGAUCCGCUCCCAGCUCGAGUGCCACUCCGACCAGAACAUGCACCAGGCCGAAGAAUGGUUUAAGUGCCGCUAUGCCAAGCUCACCGAGGCGGCCGAGCAGAACAAGGAGGCCAUCCGCUCCGCCAAGGAAGAGAUCGCCGAGUACCGGCGCCAGCUGCAGUCCAAGAGCAUCGAGCUCGAGUCCGUACGCGGCACCAAGGAGUCCCUAGAGCGGCAGCUCAGCGACAUCGAGGAGCGCCACAACCACGACCUCAGCAGCUACCAGGACACCAUCCAGCAGCUGGAAAAUGAGCUUCGGGGAACGAAGUGGGAAAUGGCUCGUCACCUGCGAGAGUACCAGGACCUCCUCAACGUCAAGAUGGCCCUGGAUAUCGAGAUCGCUGCGUACAGAAAACUCCUGGAGGGUGAAGAGACAAGAUUUAGCACGUUUUCGGGGAGCAUCACUGGGCCGCUGUAUACACACCGACAGCCCUCAGUCACAAUAUCUAGUAAGAUCCAGAAAACUAAGGUUGAAGCUCCCAAGCUCAAGGUCCAACACAAAUUUGUGGAGGAGAUCAUAGAGGAGACCAAAGUGGAGGAUGAGAAGUCCGACAUGGAAGAUGCCUUGACAGCCAUUGCAGAGGAGUUGGCCGUUUCCGCAAAAGAAGAAGAGAAGGAAGAGGCAGAAGAAAAGGAAGAGGAAAAAGAAGCUGAAGAAGAAGUGGUGGCUGCCAAAAAGUCUCCAGUGAAAGCUUUGGCACCUGAAAUUAAAGAAGAGGAAGAAGGGGAAAAGGGAGAAAAAGGCCAGGAGGAAGAAGAAGAAGAAGAUGAGGGUGUCAAGUCAGACCAAGCUGAAGAGGGAGGAUCCGAGAAGGAAGGCUCCAGUGAAAAAGAUGAAGGUGAGCAGGAAGAAGAAGGAGAAACCGAGGCUGAAGGUGAAGGAGAAGAAGCCGAAGCUAAAGAAGAAAAGAAAAUCGAGGAAAAGGGUGAAGGAGUGGCUGCCAAAGAGGAGCUGGUGGCAGAAGCCAAGGUGGAAAAGCCAGAGAAAGCCAAGAGCCCUGUGCCAAAAUCACCUGUGGAAGAGGUGAAGCCAAAAGCAGAAGUGAAAGCUGGAAAAGGUGAACAGAAAGAGGAAGAAGAGAAAGUUGAGGAAGAAAAGAAAGAAGUAGCCAAGGAAGCUCCCAAGGAAGAGAAGGUAGAGAAAAAGGAGAAGCCAAAAGAUGUACCAGACAAGAAGAAAGCCGAGUCCCCAGUGAAGGAGAAAGCAGUAGAAGAGGUGAUCACCAUCACCAAAUCAGUAAAGGUGAGCCUAGAGAAAGAUACCAAAGUGGAGGAGAAGCCAGCACAGCAAGAGAAGGAGAAAAUAGAAGAGGGGGGAGGGAGUGAGGAGGAAGGAAGUGAUCAAGGUGCAAAGGAAUCCCGGAAGGAAGACAUAGCUGUCAAUGGGGAGGUAGAAGGAAAAGAGGAGGAAGAGCAGGAAACUAAGGAAAAGGGGAGUGGGAGAGAAGAGGAGAAAGGUGUGGUCACUAAUGGGUUAGACUUGAGCCCAGCAGAUGAAAAGAAGGGGGGUGACAAAAGUGAUGAGAAAGUGGUGGUGACCAAAAUGGUAGAAAAAAUCACCAGUGAGGGGGUGGGUGAUGGUGCUACCAAAUACAUCACUAAAUCUGUAACCGUCACCCAAAAGGUCGAAGAGCAUGAAGAGACCUUUGAGGAGAAGCUAGUGUCUACUAAAAAGGUAGAAAAAGUCACUUCACACGCCAUAGUAAAGGAAGUCACCCAGAGUGACUAA